AUGGGCUGGUUGGAUCUCCGCCCCCUGGACGACGUUCACAGCUUCUCGACUUUCUUCAAUAUUCCCCCUCCCGAAGCCGCGGCAAUGAGUCCCAAUGCUCGCUUAGUAAUGCAGCAUGGGUAUAAUGCCUUGGAAGAUGCCGGGAUGGCUCCCAGGAGUGUUUCAGGGCGACGCUGGGGAAUAUUCACAAGCCUCAAUGAUUCCGGCUGGCGUGAGUACCGUUUCUCCAAACUCAGUCUCCAAGGUGAGGGACCCUCUGCAUCGGAUGAUAGUGCGGGAGGGCGUUUAGCUUAUUUCCUUGAUUUGAGGGGACCCUGUAUGGACAUCAAGACAGCAUGUUCCAGCAGCGCAGUUGCUAUCCACCAGGCUUGUCGAUCUAUCGAAGCUGGGGACUGCGAAGCGGCACUCGUAAUAGCCGCGACCACUCAUCUUAUGCCGAGCGCUGCCAUCUUCCGCUCUCGAGCGGGUAUUGGCUCUCGCUCUGGCAAAUGUUCAACCUUCUCGGAGGAUGCUGAUGGUUUUCUUCCGAGUGAGGCAUGUACAGCGAUCUUCAUACAGCGGCGUAGGGAUAUCAGUGUCACUCCUUACGCACGCAUCCGGGGCACUGCGGUCGGUCAAGAUGGCCGAUCUCUAGGCUUUACUGCCCCGAACGCCGCUGCGCAAGCAGAUGUUUUGCAAAAAGCCCUGACUACAUCUGGCUGCGUGCCCGACGAUAUUUACUACUAUGAGGGUAAGCAUAGCCUAGAGUAG